AUGGAGACCAUUGUCAUCUUGGAAAAGCCUGCCAUCCUCGCCCCUGACUUGAGAACUUGCGGUAAUGUUGGUGACUUAGUCUCCGCCAUCAAAGACCUCAGACCAGAGAGUUUCAAUGACAUGGAGAUCUUCUCGUACAGUCUUCACGGACCUGAUGGUAGUCAGUUGUCACUGAAUGGACCGUACUACGACCCUCAACGCCCUUUACCACGUCCUGUUGAUUCAGUUCUCCGCAUCUCGGCACGACCAACGGAAAUGCAGUACGACCUUCUCAUCCGUCUCCCUCACCAGGAAUUUGCAUCUCCAUGGCCAGUGUGGGGUUGGGUUAGAGCGCAGUGGAACGAUACUGGAAGACGACUUCAAGAGAGGAUUCAUGCGAAAUAUGGUAUUCCAUUGCACGACUCCAUGCUUUCGUUCUGCGGCAGCAGUAUCUUUGAUACUAUGAGCUUGUACGAGCAGAAGAUCGUGAAAGGCUCCGCUGUCAGCGUCAAACUCAGCGCUCCGACCAAAUAUCAAUUCAAGGAGGAACAUAUGAUCUGUAUUGCCAAAAGAAUAGAUGAAAGCCUGGAACUCCUGCGCUUUGCGAUCAUCCGAUGCACCGGCAUCGUUGUAAACGAAGCAAAGGAGUGGUUGCCGGAUCGGUCCAACAUUUUCUCGGCAGACUGCACCGUAGGCACGGUGGAAGAGAAUGGAUUCCGAAGCGGGGAUAGUAUCAAGGUAUACCGCCAGCAAGAGAGCGCGACCACGAGGAAGAGGAAGUUGGAGGAGACCUGGUAG